AUGGGCGUCACUGUAACCUGGAUCUCCUUCAUCGACGAAGAGCGAGUAACACGUCGUGGCGACACUAAUCCAAUGAACGCAAUGCAACCGUCGCCGGAGACGUUAAUUGAAGAUUCAAUUCCCAUAAAACACAAAGUGGACGAAAAUGUUUAUGACCAGAAUGCCGUCUUGGCUAAAAAUGAUAUGAUUCCUUAUAGAAAAAAAUUAGUGGAUCGGGAAGCAUCCGGUCGUAGGCGUCCUUUUUGCAGCCAAGACGUCGUCUCAUUGAAAUUGUACACUAUUGUUGAACUCUUGUUUAAAAAUAAUGUAGUUCUAUCUACUAAUGUGAUGAAUUUGGAAAACCAAUAG